AUGUCAUCUGCGGGUUGCCUGUACAGUUCAAACUACCCUGUGCCUGUCGGGGGUUUAAAGAUGGGGAGAGCAACAGAGUUUCCUCCUCCUUUGCAUUACUCUGUUGCUGCAACUCCUGACUUGUCGGCAGGAAGUGAGCACAGAGGAGCUUUCCGCUGCACUACUUCUUCUUGCUCUCCUGAUGCUGUUUCUGCAUCUGUUGAUGGAGAGGAGGGGUCACGUUUUCUUGGAGAAGUGACGUUUAAUCCCCCCGUUGGGAUGGCUGCUGGUGUGCGUGCUCACCAGCAGCGGGGAGAUCAGCAGGAGCAAUCGGAGCAGCAGGAGCAACCACGAAUUCAUAUGUGCUUCUCUGGGCUGCCAGUGGGGGGGCUUCGUCUGUUUGCGGUAUCUUACCUUGCACAAGCCGACACAGAAAAGGCAGCGCAUGCAGUAUUAGCCACUUCCAAAGUGGCUCCCGCAGAAAAAGCCGCAGCAGAGCUAAAACCGGCACCACCAAAUGCAGCAGACGCACAGAUUGAUGAAGGGGGGGGCGUCUUUGCUGCUGCACAGAUGCCGGAAGAUGUUGGCCUCUGUGAGCCCGCCGACAGCAACAGCACCUCUCUCUUCCUGUUCGAUGAAGCAGCUCCUGGAGCAGGAACAGCAGCAGCAGCAGCAACAGCAGCAGACCAGGGCGGCUUGAAGGAAAGACUUCGGCUUGCAGGGACUUCCGUGUUGGGCGACCCUGUGCCCGUGCGUUCUGUCGAGUUGACGUUUCGUGUUUUGGUGUUGUGUUGUUCUUGUGCUUAUUUCAGCGUCAAGUUUGUUCGAUAUACUCUCGUAUUUUGGCUCCCCUUCUUCCUCUGCAGGCAGGCACAGCUCUCCGUUGCUGCUGCAGGUCUUUCUUCUGUUGCCUUCGAUUUAGGGGGAGCUGCAGGGGCUGUUCUUACGGGGCUUGCAGGAGACAGACUCUGCAAAGGGCGGCGUCUGAGUCUGGCGGCUGCCCUGUGUGCAGCAACGGGUAUUGCACUGUUUUUUGUGCAGUUCUCAGCCCAGAGAAUGGUGGAUAUUCGCCUGGCAGAGGACGAUCUUCAGCUGUACAGACAGCUCAGCCUGCUGCACCUCCAGAAACGGUUGCAAGAAAGCUUUACACAACUGAAUGAGCGCUACGACUUCGACCUGUCCGUUUCCGAGACAAAUCGGAAAUCUAAACUCAAAAUAAAGCUCGCAGAACGCGAAGAUAUUCUUUUUCUUACACCUGAAGAAGCGGAAGACAACGAUCCAACCAUGGUGCAGGGCAACAGCAGCAGCAACAGUAACAGCGACAGCAGCAACAAUCGAAUGCCAGCUGCAGAUACUCGCCGUUUAUCGUCCGCCAACGGCCACAGUAAUCAUCAGCAACGACCCAUUAAGUCCUCCAUAUACACCUUCCAACUAAAAGCGAAGAGACAGCAGCAGCAGCAGCAGCAGCCAGACAGGCAUAACAAAUGCACAGACAGCAUAAACCUGCAGGAAGGGACCCUCCCAGCACACUCAGGUAAUGGCCCUCUCUUUGUUGCAGCUGUUGCCGGUGUGGCUGCAGUUAGCCAACAGGAGCAGCAGCAGCAUCAGCACCGGGAAGGACGACUGCAGCAGCAGCAGGAGGUGCGGCGCCUGCAGUCGAUUCUGCCUCUGCAUUUUGUCUUUAAAGAUCCUCCUCUUCCUCCUGAUGAAAACAACAGCAAACGCCCCAAGACCGUCAAGCACGGAGGUCUACGCAUCGAUACUGCUGCAGCAUCAGACAAUGCAGCAACAACAACAUCAACACCAGCAGCAACACCCGUAGCUACAGCAACACGUGCUGCAGCCGACAUUUCAGUUGUUCCCGAAAGGUCAACAUCCACAGCAGCAGAAACAGUAGCAGCCUUCACCACAAAGGGAGCAGCAGCAACCGCAUCAGAAAAUGCACCAGCAGCAUCAGAAGAUGCAUCAGCAUCAUCAGAAGCUUCAGAAACAUCAGCAACAGGAGGACAGAAUCAUGAGGACUACCCGGUGGCGACGCUGAGUGCAAGAGAGGAGGAAGCUGUGUUGGCGUUGCUGCAGCAGCAGUCUGUGUCGAAGACAGAGUUGCAUUUAGAGUUAACAGCGAAGAGCGCAGCCUUAGAGAUGCAGGCGCGCAGCAACUUAUUGCUGCUGCUGAGUUGCAUGCUGCUAGUGGGGCUUUUGAAUGCUGGACCCGAUGCAAUAUUAGGAGCUGCUGCAGCGCAAGAUCUUCUUGAGUUAUCUGAUGUCCCUUUGCGUAAUUGCGCCGCCAUAGCUGCUUUUAUCAAUGCCGUUGGGGCAGUCGGAGCUCUUCUACAGGUGCUGGCACACAAACCCUAA